CAGACGCCGGAUGUAGCGAUUUGGCUAACUUCUGUGCUCUGAUAGUUUAGCGAAUGGAUUUAGAUUGAAUGUAAAGACACGACAAUGAUUAAAAAGAAACAAACUAAAGAGAAGACAAAGCAAGAAGAUCAACCUUCGAAAAUUCUUGGGCUGACAACAAAUGAAGCAAUCCCUGCACAGACUUUUGAUGAAUAUCAGUGCACGGGAAAUGUGAAGGUCGACUUCCCUGUGCUUGGCGCCCUUCUGAACAUAAAGAAUAUCCCAUUAAUCUGCAGCAAACAGCCAGAUGUUUGCACUACUGCAACUGAAGAGGACCCAGGCAACAACAAGUCACAGAUAAAUGCUUCACCUCACUGGUCCACGCCGUGCAUAAAUGUUGAGCUGGAAAACGAAGACCCACUCAGUACCAAAAAGAUGACGAUUUCUGGAUGGAAGGUGAACGAGCAGAUUUUCAGAGCCAUACAGAAGAUGCUUCCCUCCAUGGGCCAGCUGCUGAGCCUUCAGUUUUGGCAGGCGGGACUGACGGAUCAGAUGCUAAUCUCCCUCACAAACACAGCCUCUCUGUGCUCCGGCCUCAGAUCUGUGACGCUGGAGGGGAACGCUCUUCCAGAGCAGAGCUUCCACCUGCUUCUCUCUGAAGGCAGCGUUCUCACCCACCUAUCCCUGCGAAACAAUCGUAUCGGAGUCGAAGGUGCUCGUUUGAUUGGUUCGGCUCUCUCCACCUCCACAACAGCUAACAAGAACCUCUUGUCACUCAACCUGGCGUUCAACUCCAUCGGUGAUGCGGGCGCUGCGCAUAUUGCCCGGGGCCUGCGGCUGAAUCGAACUCUGCUGUUUCUCUCCCUGGCCAACAAUCAGAUUGGAGACUCGGGAGCUGCUCCUCUGGCCGAGAUACUUGGCAAGUUUCCUUUAACUCAUGAGGAAGUUGUGGAAAGAAGGAAGCUGCUCCUGCAAAGAAUAAGUGUUUCUUCUUUUAGGGCUGAUUUAGAGCAGUUAUCAACUAGCCAGUUUGGCUCCACACACAGCAUGUCUGUGAGCAAAGGAGACAACAAAGGCACAUCCAAAAAAAAGGGGAGUUUUGUUGCAUCUGUGAAGUUGCAGGAAGCUUCCGGAAAAGAUGUAAAAACACCAGAAAUGAAAGAAAAAAUCCACAAGAAAGCCCAUGAUGUAAAACCAGCUCAAAAAGGUGGAAAAUUAGGGGGUAAAGAUCAUCAAUCAGUUACACAAGAGGACAAAUCAAGUAGUUCCCUGAGAUGCAACAUUGUAAGGAGUGACAGCAUUAAUGAUGGAUGUGGUCUCGUUCUGAACAUGCAGUCAGAGUCAGUGGAGGCAGGAAACCCCCUGCUGGACCAGUCGGUGCAUCACAAGAAUGGGCAGCUGUUUCUGCCUGGAAACACAACGCUGGCCUCCCUGAACCUAGCAGGAAACAGAAUCACAGAGAAGUCACUUCCUCUGUUUCUGGCUGCUUUGGAGACGCAGGAGGCGGAGGAACGGCGUUUACUUCGUCUCUGCCUGCAGAGAAACCUCUUCCCAGCAGAGUGUGAAGAUUACAUGAAGAUAAAGGACAUAAUGUCUCUCACAAACGCUCUCUUCAAAACUGGCUCGGACGUGAUGGAAUAGGAGAAACCGAGGGCGUGAUGCUGAACAAAUAAACUACUUCCUCUUGUUUAA